AUGGCGGAAGAUGGAUUGCUUCAGAUGGAGGGGAUUAUAUAUGAUUAUUCUAGUCUUUAUAGUGGUCUAGUAAGUGCAAUAACAUCGCAGCUAAUGAUAGAUGCUAAUAUUCACAAUAUAGAGAUAAAAUAUAUAGUUAGUGAUAGAUGUCCUCCUGUUAGUAUCCACAAUGAUGUAGGUGUGCGGAUUUUUUUAGAUCAAAAUAAAUCUAAUGUAGAUUUCUUUACGAAAUAUCCAUUGUGCAUAACUUUGAAGAAUAUAGCAAUAGAUAAUCAGGAUUCUGUAGUUGUUGUGGAUAGGAGACAUUCUGAUGUUAGUAGAACACUAACUAACUUUGAUUUAUACUCUAGCAACUCCAUCCGCUUGAUAGGAGUGAAUUUAGAUAGAGUUGUCGAUGAGAAUACUGAUGAAGGAAAUGGAGUAAUCAGUGACCUUUCUAAUUUAUUUAUAGCUGAAAAUCAGAUUUACAAUGAUAAAGAAACACUUAUGGAGGUUAUGCGACAUUAUGGAGUUGUGGAAAAAUUUAGAUUUCUUGUGACUCGUUCUAGUUCAUCUUGUUAUUACCUGAAGUGUCCUGCUGAUAAUUGUUCCUGGAUGAUGAACUCAUCAUGUUUGAAUCAAUCAAAGCUAUUUAAAAUUAGAAAGUACUGUGCGGAACACACAUGUUCCGUUAGAGAUAGAGUGUAUGCAAGGCGUCAGGGAAUAACUGACGUUGUAGCUGUUUUAAUAAUGGAUAAAUUUAUUAAUCCAUCGACUGUAUACACUCCAAAAGAUAUAUCUGAAGACGUUUUGAAAGUGCAUGAUGUUGCGCUAACAUACAUGCAGGCCUGGAGAGCUAAAGAAAAGGCGAUAAAAUUGGUGCGUGGAGAUCCAGCCGAAUCAUAUGCCAAACUUCCAGGUCACAUACUUCCACUUGCUUAUGCCAUAGUGGAUUCUGAGAAUGAUGCAUCAUGGACCUGGUUCUUUGAACAGUUUAGGGAAGCAUAUGGAGAAAGGGAUAACAUGUGUUUUCUGUCAGAAACGAGCGCAUAUGGAAAGGGACUGCCGGAGUAUAUCCUGGAUUGGAACAUUUUGCUUGCAUAUGACACUUAUGCUGUAAUACCAUCAACAGUUGAUAUGCAUGUUGUUGUUGAUGGACCAAAGCGCCUGAAGAAUUUUCAAGAUACAUAUGCCAUCCCUGUUGAACCUAUCCCAUGUGAGAGUACAUGGGAUAUACUAAGUUAUGUUUUAGAGCCUAAAUUGAUGCCGCCUGGUCCAAAUAGAGCAGCAGGAAGACCACAACUAGAACGCUGGAAAGGGUUUGCUGAUAUGAUAUCUGACUGGAAUUAA